CGCAAUAAGACAGAAAUGAGAAGGAUGGAGUUCCUAUUCUCCUUGUUUUUCUGCAAGGUAUACUCUUGCAUCUCCACUGUGCCUGUCUUUGUUUCAUGAACAAGGAUCUGCAGGGAGCAGGGUCUCAACAGGGUAAAUGCAGGGGGGAAUGGACCUGUCAGGGUUGGCAUGAGAAACCUGUGCCAUGCUGUGUGCCUGCUGGUGCUCCCAGGCUGGUGGGAGCACUGGAAACAAACCUCUAAACUGGGUAUUGGAGCUGGAAAGCUCUGAAGAGCUUUGGUAUAUGGGAGCAGGCUUGGUCCCUCCAGGUUGCCCUCAAGAAGUGCCAGGCAUAAUCAGGGAUAGAGCGCUCAGCCUUGCUGAGGGAUGUUCCUUAUCUUUGUGCCUGCUCAUUUCCUUUUAUUCCCUUUACCUGCCAAAGUUCUUGUGCCUGUGACUUACUUUCCUGAAAGCUUCAAGGUUUUAUUUUGUCUCCCACUUGCUCCUGCUGUGUUUCCUAGAUCAUAUCCUGCUUUGAUGAUGUUGUGGCUCUCAGGCAUUGCCCUGAGCACAGAGCUCCAAGCAUAGAUGCCAACAGCCACCUAAGCCUCUACUCUGCAGCAUCUCCAUGCAGCCCCCAUGCUGGCUGUGCUGCUGUUCUGCACUCCCAGCAACACUGCCCCGAUUUCUAUCCCAGUUUCCCAGUCUUGCAUCCAAGGAGGGAUAGGAAGGUUUCUGCCAGCUCCCUAACCAUCUUGUCUCUCCAUUGACCACACUUUGGGCUCUGCUCAGUGUGAAGGGGAUAUGUUGCUGAUAGAAAUUGAGGGGUUAUAAGCUGUCUAUGCUGCUGAGAGAUUUCCUGCUUUGGGGACUAGAACCUUGUGGAUCUUCAUUCUGCACUUGGCCAAGAUCCUCCUCCGUUGGCAUGGCUUGCCCUGCAUCUGCUGCUUCCAUGUAGGAUUGCAGUUGUUGGUCCUGUGUCCAACGGGAGGCAUGGUUGGGUUUUUAGUCUCUGCCAGCAGUUUCAUGGGUAAUUCUCUCAAAGAACUGGCAGUUCUCUCCAAGGAAUUGACUGGUAGCUGGUACUGAGGUGCCCAGAGAUGAACAUGAACAGGCAGCAGUUGCUGUCAUGCCAUGAGGGGUUCUUCUCCAUUCAUCUGGUUGUGUAUGAGGUUUGGCCUCCCUGGCUACCCUGCCCAAAUUGCAGUUUAUUUUCCAAGUCACGGUGAAAACAGCUACAAAGGGCAAAUGGCCCUCCUGGUGCAGUGGGAGGAAUGUACGCAGCUUGUUACCGCAGGGCUCAAACCGUUCUGUGUUGUCACUGCUGUCGGUAUUUGGAAAAGGUGGCAGACAUGGAUAAUAAGGGAGAUGUCAAAGGUUAAACAGCAGAGAUUAGAUGAACACAAAGACAUGUUAAGGAAGUGUUAACUUCUUACCGAUUAGACCAAAAAAAAAAAAAAAAAAAAAAAGCCCAAAAAAACCCGAAGGAAAAAAAGCAGUACACAGAAAAAAAACACUGUUUCAAAAGGCCUUGGGAGUUAUCAAUGAAACAGCAGCAUUCUGCUGCCCCAGGACUAAGGAGAAGGGAAGAAGAAUGGCUUUGGCUGGCCUCAAACUAAAAUCUGUGACAAGAUCAAAGGAAACCAGAUCUGCCUGGCCACCCCCUCCUCCUCCUAACAUUACCACUGCCUCUUGCUACAAUAAUUGAAUCAGGUUUGGCGUUUGGGGAGAAGGCUUUCUGGGUUUGUUUUUAGAGUUUAGUUUAAUGGAUUUAUUUUACAGCAAGAGGUUUUAAGCAAAUCCCACUUGAGCAGCCCUUGCCGUGGCCAGAGGGAAUGGGAGUGACUGGUGGAUGUGAAGAGCUCCGUCUGGGCUGGGAAGGUAGCUGAUGGGAGGUAAUUUCUGCUGAAGCAGGGAGAUUCUCUGCCCUCGCCUCUCACCCCAUGGCCAAGGGCAGUAUUGCACUCUGAGCCUCGGUCCUGGCUUGAGAGCCACAGUGCGUAUGUGAAGUCACCUCUAUUUUUUUUCCCUACUGGAAAUCCACUUUUUGUCAGCCUGCAGGGAAAACUGCUACUGGUAUGCUGAGAAUUUAUUGCUGAGCUACUCAGUAGUGACUUGGCAACCCAUCCUGAUGCUUGUGCCUCUGGCUGGCGGUCAGCGCAGCUCUGCUGCUCAGAGGCAGCGUGGCUGACUUCCAAGGGUUGGAGAGGCUCUGAGGUUUCCUUUCUCUCCCAUAGUGAUGCACGCUCUCGCUGUGGCCGCCCCAUGCCUUUGUUGCUAUCUUGGAAUUAGUUGCUGAGUGGUGCCUUGCCCUGGCCAAGACCCAGGAGAAAUGAUAUAAGAUAUCCUGGAGCCUGUACAAGUACUCCAGUGCUGGAGUCUGUCCCUGCUCCCCACUGAGGUGACUUUCAGCUUUAAUUCCCAAAGCCCUUAACUUUCAUCUGCAGGCCACAAGCAGCUUUCAUGUCCUUCAGCUAUCUCUGACACUAGCCUGUGAACAUGCAGCUGCCAUACGAUUGUGGGACAACUCUAUGUUAUCCUGAGAAUGGUACAAAAAACCUCAAAGUCAGGUAGGACACAGGUGAAACCUUAGUGUACGUUAUAACCUAACAGCAGGCAAAGAGGUUCCCACAUGCACACUGCUAUUAGUAGGAUGGGAAGUAAAUAAGCUUGCCAAUAAUAGCUGGGGCUUGGACUUAGACUCAAACAGCACCGCUUUCCAUGGGUACCCACUUGUACCUGGUGAGAAUCUCACUCAUCUUUGCUACACAGGUCUCACCAUUCUUUUCUUGCAAAUCCUUCUCUGUGGAUUCAGGACAGAAACCUACUGUAUUAGAGCUGAAUCUGCUUUCACAGAGCAGACCUCCCCUUCCUACUGUCAGCUUCCUCCUGCUUUUGAGCAUCCAGGUGUGCCUGUGUACAGAGCUCAAACUUCCCCUUGCCACGGUCUCUGAUGUGGUAAACCACUGCCUGAAAACUGUGGGUUCUGCUGUCCUGAUAGCUGUUCAGUUCCCAAGGCAGAGCGAGCUCCUUGCCAACAGCACCACCUACAGCCAGCAGCAAGGAGCGUUGAAAGAGGGCAGGGUGCAGGCCGGAAAGCAACGCUGCGGUUUUUACCCACGAACCUGAUCCUCACGGGUUCUGCAGCAGUGCUGGGGAGGAAAGGCAACCAAAGGACAGGCUGCCCAGCUUUUUGUACUGAUGUAUUUAUCCCAGUCUGUAAAUAGCUUUCACUGCCUGUCCAAUAUUCUCUCUUGUCUUCCUAACACUCCCUCUUUGCUAUCUCUCCCCAACACUACUGCUUAUCCUGGCCUAUUCCACUGAGGCAGUUAAGGCUUUGGGGCACAGUGCAUCUCAUUCUUUAAGAGUAGACAGGUAAUGACAAAGGUUAAACGAUGCUUAAGAGGCUUUUUUUCCCCUCCCUUCUUAGUUUUCUUUUGGCAGAAUAUUGUGGUGCUUUCCUUUCUUAGAUCGCCUGUAUUUUUUCUUGCUACCUCCAGAAAAAAACUAUCAUUGUCAUUUGACUACAAAGUAAGUUUUCAAAGGUGCAAUCUGUCUGAGUGCUCAGAGCUUACACUGUGCUUACUGAAUUCUGCAGGUCCAUGCAUUCUGAGACACAAUGACUAAAUCAAAGUACUGUGUCUCAGGAAGAGGAUGGGAAGCUCUAGUUUCAACAGGUCUGCAAAGCGCUGUUCAGCAGCUGCAGCCUCGCAGCCUCACUGCUCCCCAGGGGAGCGAGGCGCAGCCCGGCCUAUGGAACCGCGAGGGAUUGUCAAAGCCUUUCCCAAGAGGAAGAAGGUGAGGGAUGACUCAGGGAAAAGCAUCCCUCCAAAGAUCCCGAAAGAAGGAACGGAGGAGCCCGAGGCGGAGUGGCUGAAACCAGUCGCUGCCUACGUGUUGCAAGCUGGCAUUGGCCAAGCUAGGGCAGAGAUCUUCCACAAGCAGAUUGUCCAGAAUGGGGGAUAUGUACACAGCCGUCUCUGCUCGGAGGUGACGCACGUCGUUGUAGCCGAAGAUAUGGACUGUGAUCGGGCCUUCCGGCUCCUCAAAUUAGCCAAGCUGCCUUCGAGGUUGCAGCUGGUGAAGGCAUCCUGGCUCAGUGAUUGCAUUAGAGAUCAGAAGCUGCUGAAUACCGCUGGCUACAGUGUCUUUAUCCCUCGGAGGUACCAGGAAGAGGGAGAACAGCAGCAGCAGUUCCUGGGCAGUGAAGAAAUCCAGUCCUCAACAGAGGAGAGUGCAGCAGAACCAAAUGUUAAAGCACAGGUGGGGGAUUCCUCACAGCAAAACCUGGGCAGCCUUGCACAGCAGCAACCAUCUGAGAAAGUCUGUGAUGAUGAAGACAGCGAAGGAGAAGAUGCGAGUGUCACUCAGGGAGAUCUGGAAGCACUGAUUUCUGGCCACUAUCCUGUGAAAUUGUCAGAGGAGACCAGCAGCAGCUCUUCCACAGUGGCCCAGCCUGUCAGCAAGUGGGUUUGUGCACAGUCCUCCCACAGCAAGAAGGAGAAUCACAACCAGUGCAUCACAGAGAAGCUGGAAGUGCUGGCAAAAGCCUAUUCUGUCCAGGGGGACAAGUGGAGAUCUCUGGGCUACAUUAAAGCCAUCAAUGCACUCAAAAGCUACCACAAACCAGUUACCUCCUACCAGGAAGCCUGUAAAAUUCCUGGGAUUGGGAAGCGAAUGGCAGAGAAGAUCCUGGAGAUCUUGGAGAGUGGACAUCUGCGCAAGCUGGAUCAUAUCAGUGAGAGUGUGCCUGUGCUGGAGCUAUUUUCCAACAUCUGGGGAGCAGGAGUCAAGACAGCUCAGAUGUGGUACCAGCAGGGGUUCCGGACGCUGGAUGAUGUCCGCACAAAGGCGUCUCUCACCAGCCAGCAAGCCGUGGGCCUGAAGCACUAUGAGGAUUUCCUGGAGCGCAUGCCUCGGGAGGAAGCUGCAGAAAUAGAGCAGACUGUCAGACAAGCAGCCCUGGCCCUGAAGCCUGGACUCGUGUGUGUGGCAUGUGGCUCCUACCGUCGUGGGAAGGCCACCUGUGGAGAUGUGGACGUGCUGGUCACUCACCCGGAUGGUCAGUCCCACCGUGGGCUGUUCAGCAAGCUGCUUGACAACCUCCACGAGAGCGGCUUCCUGACGGAUGACCUGGUGAGUCAGGAGGACAACGGUGAGCAGAAGAAGUAUCUGGGGGUGUGCCGCCUUCCUGGGCCAGCCCGUCGUCACCGCCGUCUGGACAUCAUCGUGGUACCUUACAGUGAGUUUGCCUGCGCCCUGCUCUACUUCACCGGCUCGGCCCACUUCAACCGCUCCAUGCGUGCCCUGGCCAAGACCAAGGGCAUGAGCCUCUCAGAGCAUGCCCUCAGCAUGGCCGUGGUGCGAGGCCCUGGUGGUGUCAAGGUGGCAUCCGGCCACGCUCUGCCCACCCCGACCGAGAGAGAUGUCUUCGCUCAGCUGGGGCUGCCCUACCGAAAGCCCUCGGAACGGGACUGGUGACGCCGGUUGGCAGCCAGCACUCCGAGCUGUGCUGAUGUUUCGAGGGGUGCUGGCUUCUCCAGUGCUGUUCUGCCGUGGCUGUGAACUGGGUAACGGAUGGCAGCAAACGGACUCCUGGCAAGCUGGGGCCCUGCUGCUAGCAGAGCUUUGUGGCUUCACCCAGCAGAGGGCGUAGGCUGGAAGGGCUGCCCGGCGUCACGCAUCUGCCUGUGCCCGGUUCUCAGGCAGCCCCUGGCUACUGAAGGGGCUCGCUGCCCAUCAGCUAACCCUGGCCUGGCUCUCUCUAGGGAAGCUCCAGAAGGCUGGCUUGGAGAUCGUUAUGCCAAAAGCCCUCCUGGUGCCUGGGUAGUGGGGGAGAGUGAUGCAUCUUCCUCUCUGUGUGAGCACAGAUGCCCCAUAAUCUCUGUUCUGAGCUGUGUACAAAGGCAACAGGGAUCCUGCCUGGCCUGGAAACGAGCCCCUUUUCUCUGCUUGCUGCUGCUGGCAUCUGCUGCUGUGAGAGCUGCAAAGGUCUCCCUGUGCUGCUGCUAUGUCUUCUCUCUGUCUGACUUGUGUUGUCCGAUGGGUCUCAUUACACAGUGCCAGGCAGCUUCCCCUGGAGCCAGGUGAGCCCUGAGGAAUAUGUAAAAACCCAGUGUGCUCCAUCUACAUGUUCUCAGUCCAUCGUGUGCUGAGCAUCCUGCAGUGCAGAGUGCUGCGAUCCUCCUGGCCUGGGCACAAGGGCUCCUUUCCCCUCUGUGCAGGAAAGAAAAGGCCCCUUUGGCUUCAGGGUGACUGUGCUCAGGAUUGUAAUGGUGCUGAAUGUAACCUGGAAAGGCUGUGUGUUUGGUGCAUGCAAAGCAUGGAAGCAGAGAGAAACACGGAUAAUUCAGUGUUAAUCUGGGCAAAGCAGAGCUUUCCCGUUUUUUGUGUGUGAUGACCAGGAAGUCACCUGGUCUGUAUUGAUCAGAGCCAGUGUGUGUGUGCACGUGUACAGGUGUGCUAACCCCUUCUAUUCCAAGGGAGUGAAUUUUGUUUCUCAGGAAACCUCAACUAUGUUUAUAUUCUGGAGAUGAAUUUUGCAGAGGCUUUCAGUGCUCUGCGGCAUCAGCUGCUGGUGAGGCCAGGGUGUUCCUGCCUCAGUCUCUGGGGCUAAUCUGGCCUUACACUCCCUUAUCUUGUAGGGGACCUGGCCACCCCCACUCCACACUUUGCUGCAUCUUUGUCACGUGCAGGGAUGAGCUGUGUUUGCUGCCAGGGCAGCCACUAGGCCAUCAAACCUGGCUGCUGGGGAGCUGCAGUGGGGCCUGGGUAUUUGCUGGGGAGGACUCAAUUCAGGCGGUGUCCUUGGUCAGCCCAGCCCUUCUACAGAACGCCUGGUGGAAACGAAUGUCUUCUGGCAUGCACUGGUGCUUUGAAACAUGAAGUGUAAUAAAUCCUUUCUCUCUUUUUCAUCCAGCUCUGGGUGCCGUGGUGAGCUCUUCCCUGGGGGACUGGGGCUGCCCCUCUCGCCAGAGUCAAGUGCUGGGGACAAUGCUACUGGUGGGGGAGAUGCAGUACUGCUGUCCCCCAUCUCUUUUCCCUUUGUCCUUUCCUAUGGGGCCACAAUUCACUCUGUGGUGCCAAUUGAGUGCUGCAGCAGCCGUGCAAAGCUCUGGUCUGGCUGUGUGUGCUUUUACAAAGGGGGAGGGCUGGGGCCAUUCUCUGGGCAGCACAACUUUGAUGGGGACAUGAAGAACUCCUGCCAGCCCCCUGCAGUCUGAGGGAAGGGUCUUCUGUCUGUCCCUGUCCUCCCAUCCCUCAGCUCCCUGCCCAGGAGCUCUGGAGAGGGCAGAGAGCCCUCCCGUGGCCAGCAGCAGCUGCAGCUGUGUGGUCCAAGGAUGGGGCCAUUUCCCCUGCAGAUGCAGCACAAUGGCCCUGCCGGUCACCAGGAGUUAUGCUUCUGGGUUCCAAAGGCUCCCACUUCCCCCUUGUGCUGGGCCAGGCAGAGCAGCACCAUUGACUGGAUCAUGCUGGACUGGGCAGAGCCUCCUGCCCUGCAUGGAGGGGACAGAGCCCCCGUUCUGCAUCUUCUGAGUCACUUGCAGACCUCAAGGUAGGGAUUACCUCCAGUCUGGCAUUCCCCAAAGCCAGGUGUGGCUCUGGGACCACUCCUCUGCCUGUGCAGCAGAGCAGGAGCUGGCCACUACGUGUCCCCAGCACAGCUUCUUUCUCUUCUAAUGUCACACAGAAGAAGGUUCAGAGCUCAGGGCCCCAACAGAGCUCCUGGGGUGCCUGGGAUGGGGUGUAUGCCUGUGGGUGCUGAGCUCCCAGGAUGGCUGCAGACAGGGUGAGCUUUAAGAUUGCUUUAAGCAUCUCCCAUGGGGUGUUGAUUGGUUUCUGCACCCCAGGAAGGGCCUUCAGUGCUUUCCCCCUUCCUGUCCUCCCUGGCUGUGAGUCCGAUCAUCCUGAAAAUUAAAAAGAAACCCGAACACAGCAGCACUUGAAGAGACUGAGUGGGGACAGGCAUUGAGUUCCUGCUGCAGAGCCCCUAGCUCCCACUUCUGCCCUGUGUGCCCCCACUGUGGGUACACUGUCAGGCAAUUCCUGUCCCACCCAGCAGCUCUCUCUGCCCCCAAAAGUAAAAGGAAGAAAAAGCCAUGCUGAGUCACAUCAAGGCAGCUCUUCCCGCCCUGCUCCCUACCCCAUGGGGGGGAUGCCUCACCCCCUGUGCCUGUCCUACAGGGGGCAGAGGGGUGCAGAGGGGCCCUUUGGGCUCCAAAUGGUGGCACUUUGUACCAUGAGCAAAUAUUUGCUAAUGGCAGCACGGCCGGGAGAACGUAGCGGAGCUGCUCCCCCCGCCGGGGCAGGCAGGGAAAUGAAUAUGAAUUUAUCAUGAUUAGGUGAACCCAGCAGGGAGAGCGGGAGAGAGAGGGCCAGGCAGGGAGGGGGCGGGCGAAGAUGGAUCUGUGCAAUAAAAUUAAAUAAGGACACCAAAUAGAGUCGCUGCUCGCGCGCCUGCCCGCCCGCGUGCUGGGCCUCUCCCGCCCUCCCUCGCUCCUCCGGCUUUGCUGAUUUCUCUCUUUCCUCAAAUUUAUGAGGCCAAUUAUGAAGAUGAGGUUGGAAGUUCUCAGAAGUUCACUAAAUGCAAAGUGCGGUCCCUGCUGUUCCCAUCAAAUUAAUUAACCGAGCGCUAUUGAUGGCCGGGCGACGUCGGUGCGGCGUGGAGCGAGAGGGAAUGGCUGCUGGGGUGCAGCUGGGGGGGGACGGGGGACCCUGUGAGGUGUCCCAGGGCAGCAGCCGUGUGCCCAGUGCACCCCUGCCCAUAGGGGCGGUUCCUGGGGGUCCUACGCAGCCCCUAUGUCUGCUGUGUCCCCAUAGCAGUGAGAUGCACGCUCUGUGUGCGACCUGCUGGGAUGCUUGUAGGUGAGAGAUGCAGAGCCCCAGGCUGAGCUCAGCCACCACCCAGCCAGCCCUCCCCUCACUCAUUUUUGGGGGAAAACAAACCCAAAGCAAUUAUGUUGCUCAGAGACGCCUCACCCCUGUGCUGUGCUGCAGCCAGUGCUUGAGGCUGGCAGGGGACGAUCCCAAGCCCUUUCAGAAGGCCUGGUCCUGAGGCCCCGGAUCAAACCCAGAAGGUCUCCAUUUGCCGCUCUGCCGCUCUGUGCCUCAGUUUCCCCCCUCGCAUUUCUUGGGGCUGUUUGCUCCAUGCAUUGCCAAACCAGCAUCCCAGUUUCCAGGGAGCGCAAAGACACAGAGAGAUGCCCCCCAGAACAGCCUGGUUUGGCACCAAAUAUUUGUGCCAUGGAUUGCCUGCACUAUCCAGGCAUGAGAACCUUCACCCCGCAGUGCCACGAGAUCUGAGACCACGCAGCCCCCCAUCCCAGGGCUGUAGGGCCGGCUCUCCUGCUGCCCGUCAUCAGUGAGCUCUGCUUGGGCCACACGGCGGCACAAACAGCCGCGUUUACAGAGGCGUUUCUCUCCAGCAGAGCCAUAACUCAGCUCCCGCCACCACGGGAAAGGGGAGGCAGGCUCUCCAGUCUCCUCGGAUAGGAGACGUGUUACUUGCCGAUAAUUUACCUGCUCGUGUCAAAUCGAAAAAAGAAACAGCCCGGCAGCUCCUGGGCUGCUGACGCUGGGCUCAGAGAGGGAAAAAAUCAAUCCCAAACGCGGGAAGGAGCGGUUUGAGAGCAGCCGGCUUUGGGGCCGGGCUCCCUGCCGGCUGGUG